AACUUUGAAAAGGAAGAGGAGAAAACAACUAAACCGUGGAAAAUGCUCAAACCUAAAGCUCUCACACAAGUCCUGAGUCAGGCCAAUUCAGGAGGAGUACAAAGCACUCUCUUACUCAACAAUGAAGGGGCCUUGUUAGCCUAUUCUGGGUAUGGAGACAAGGAUGCAUCUGUCACAGCUGCUAUAGCUUGCAACAUCUGGACUUCUUACCAGAAAAGUGGAGCUCAUGCUUUCAAUGAAGAUAAACUGGAGUUUGUUUUAUUAGAAUGUGAGGAAGGCAAAGUGGCCAUAACCAGAGUGGCCAAUUUACUGCUGUGCAUGUGUUCAAAGGAAAUUGUUGAAUUUGGGUUGUUAAAAGCAAAGGUUGAAGCUCUAGCAACAUACCUAGAAGAACCCCUUUCUCAAGUGGCAUCAUCUUGACACAACCUUCCUAUUCGUGGAAUUUCCUGUCAGUAAUCGUACUGUCAAUUGACAGAAUUUAUCUGUACCAGCAUCUUCACCCACAAGUCUCGAUUCAUUAUCUUUGAAAGACUUGACCAUUUGCAGCUUCAGCACAGGCAGUGAUAUUCACAUGUAUCUCUUGGAAAGUGGGCUGUAGAGGAAUGGCAUCUCUUCACUUAAUUAUCAUAUACAAGUACAUUGUCAUGGCUUAAUUCAUUUUGUAUGCAAGAAAAAAUACCAGUGAGAAUGGUUGUAGCAUAAGUCAGGUAUGAAUGACUGAAAGAAAUGUUUGACUUUUUUUUCUUCCCAGUAAUAUUUUCUAUAUACAAAAUACAUUUUGUAUAUAUAAUUUUAAUGAUAUCAUAGAGUAGAACAAGUUAUACAAAUAUUAAGGAUACAUAAAGAUUUUAUGAAGAUAUCCUCAAAAGUGUUUUACAAAGUGUCAUCAUACUGUAAGUUUUCAGAUUUCCUGUGAAUGAAAUGAUUUUAGAAAGAAAACGAAAUAAAAAAAACCAUCAAAAUCUGAGGAUAGGUUAUUAUUAUUUAUGCCUUUAAUUUCUACUGUAUAAAAUAAAAUCACAAGUCAAUUAA